AUGUCAAACACAUGGAGAGCAUUUAUGUCGCCACUGCAUGAUGAAAAGUUAGCAUUAACUAAUAACAAUAAGCAGGAUGUUUCUUCUUUUGUUCUUUCUUCAAGGCAGACUCCACAGAAGAAGAAAGAUCCCUCUAUUUUAGGAAGUGGGUAGUUUAACGAAGGUCCUCCUACUUCAAAAACAAAUGACUAACACUCUCAAAAUGCAUUAAAGUUUGCUGAAAAUAACUCUUCUGAGAUUAGAGAAUAAAUAGAUGAUAUAUAAAAUAAAGUAGUAACUCUUAAAAAGAAAAUUAUGAGCACUUCUCCAGAAUAAUACCAUUAAAAUAUUAUUCACAAAAAUUAGAACUCUUAGAUUUUAUAAAAUUUUUAACAAUAGCUGUCAUAAGGAUAGUAGCAACUAUCUUUUGCAUAGAAUUUAAACUCUUAAAAAAUUAACUAGCUUUCAUAAAUUCAAGGCCCUGCUACAGAGAGAUCUACAGGAGGGUAUAUCUUAACAGAUACAGAAAGAAGAAAAUAUAAAAAAAUUAGUAUCCUCCCAAAUGAAUUUACUUAGUACUCUACCGCAAGAUCUGUAUCUAAUAAAGCAGGAAGUAGUUAGGUAAAAAAAAAUAGUUUUUUAGAAGACCUCGAUAACGCACAUCUAAUUGUAAACAACAAUGUUAAUCCAUUCCUAAUCUCCGAAGCAGGAGACUAAUCUAGCCUCAUGAGCAAACUCCUACCACAUAAGCAAACAGCAGAUGCUAAUAUACCAUAAAAAGAAGAGCAGAACGAAACUGAGAUGCUAAAAAGAUGCAUGUUAAAGAUAUAAUAAAAGCUAGAAAAAGAAAAAUAAAAAAGAAGAGAGCUGAAAAUGUUGGUAAAACAAUCUAAUAUGAGUAUUGGAAACUUAAGAUAAGAUAUAAACAAUUAUUAACUUGAUAUUCAGCUUGUAAAAUAGCUAACUUUAAACACGACAAGAGCUAUUGAAAGCAGAGUAAGUCAAUCUAAUCUUCGUCCUUCUACUACCACUGCUGCAUAGUUAACAACAGCUAAAAAAAACCCAAACAAUUCAAUGUCUAAGUUAUCCAAAUCUAAAGAAAAACUUUUGAACUUAGUAAACAUUUCAAAUGUAUAAUAAACAAAGUAAAAGUCACUCAAUGGCUUGAAAGUUUUUGCAAGAAGAAAAUCUAAAUCUGUGAGUAGCACAAUAAAUGAUUUUAAUAAAUAAGGUAUUCUCCAUAUAGAUUUAAGCUCUCUUGAUUCAUCAGAUAGCUCAUAAGAAGAAAUUUAACUAAAUAAAUAAAACAAAUAACCAAACAUUUCUAAUAGCAAAAAUCUUUCUUAUCACCCUACUUAUCUGAAAAGUGAAGGAGAGACAACUACACAUUUAUAAUAAGCAUAAGUUAAAAAACAAUAAAAAAAUCGCCUUAGCUAAGAGGUAAAUACGUUUACUAAUGAACUCAAACAAAUCUAACAGUAGAAAAAAGAAAAAGCACAAUAUUACUUAAGCAAAUUAGAUAAAGGUAAAAAGCCUUCAUUAAUUGAUACAAGCAGUAGUGUGAGCAGUAGCAAUAUGAGUGCAUUGAAAUUUUUACAAUCAAAUUAAAUAAAUUAAAAACCAUCAAAAUUGUAGAAAGCAACAUCUAAAAGUACAAGUAAAAUAAUAAAUACCAGCUCAAAUGGUAAAUCUACUUAUAAACCAACUAUCAACUAAGAUAGCAGUAACAUGAUGAUGAAUUAAAUUCUUGAUUCUAAAGCAUAGAAUUUGUAACUUUGUAUAAAUACUUCUGGAUCCUCUGUCGUAUCGAAUAUACAUACUCAUCAUUAGCAACCUAUCUAGCGUAGUGAAAGCAAAGACAUAAUAUAAAAGAAAUUAAAUGAAUUCAAAAAAUUUAAGGAGGCCUUAAAUUCAGAAAUUACAGAAUUAAAAAAAGAAUUUGAUAGCAACGAUCCUUUUCUCGCCUCUUUGAAUUUUGAAAAACUCAAGGAAAAAGCCCUAAAAGAUAAAAAGACUUUGCUUGGAUUAGAUAAUUAAAAUAUAAACAAUACUGGAAGAUUUAAUAGUGCAUAACUGAAUUAAAAUUAGCAUGAAGAAACUGAAACGGUUAAUUAUAUGUAUGAGAAAGAAUAAAAUAAUGAUUAAGAUUUUUAGACACCAGUCACUCAUGAAAGAGGACCAUAAUCAGAUGCUACCACUCACUAAAAACAGAAUAUAAAUCAAUCUCAUUGUAACAAUAACAACCAGAGAACUGCUAGCAAAACUACAAUUAGCGAAUCUCGAGAAACAGCUUCAUUUGAAAAAUAAAAACAAUAAAUUCAUUCAAAGAAUUUUAGCAAAGAACUUCUUUCACCUUCAGAGGAUAUUUUAACUAUACAUCAAAAUAACUCUCAAAUUUAAUAACAAAGUGGAUAAUUUUUGAGCAACAUGCUCAUGACUGAGUCAUACACAGGAGAUGAAUACAUAAAUAGCGAUAGAAAAAACACAAAAAGAAAUAAUACCUAAGAGAAAUAAAAGUAAGAGUAUAAAAUGUUUUAGAAUCAGUUAAACUAUUUUAAAAUGCAAGAAACUCUAAACAAGCAUCUUCGUCAAUAUGAAUCUGAAAUCCUUGAAAAGUAGGCAGCUUAAGAAAAUUAAAAAUAGCUUAAUUAGCAACAAUCUUAACAAAUAGAUUAGAAUUUUACUACAACUGGAAACCUAGGAUCAAUUUCUUCAUCUGCACCUUCUGUUAAAAAUAAUUCUGAUUUAACUGCUGAAAAUUCUAAGAAGUAGACCUAAAACUUUCAAAAUUUAGUUAUGCAAUAAAAUAAGCAGCAAAUGUAGACUCUUAUUAAGUAACAGUAAUAGCUUUUAGCAUAAUAAAAUCAAUGUACUUUUAAUGUAAAUCAAAACAACAUUAGCCAAGAGAGUAGUGCAAGAAAUUCAUCACAUAUAACUCAACAGCACCAAUAACAAAAUAAUAAAUAAUAGAUUUUGAACUCAAGUGAAAAGAAAAAAGGAAUAGAUUUAUGUAAGAAGCAGUUAUUCCCUGAAGGAGCAGAAUUUAGCGAUGAUGAAUUCACUUAAUAAUAAAAUAAUUAAAAUAUUUAAUAAAUUUAUCUUUAAAAAUAAUCUAUUUGCAGCAACCCAGUGAAUAUAAAUGAUUACUCUACGAACGAUAGUCAAUAAUAGUAACAUAUCCAUAAUUCAAGAGAAAAGUAAAAGUAGUUGACUUAAUAGUAAUCUUAAUAAGUUGUCACGUAACCAAGAUAUAUAGAGAACUAAAAUGAAGUAAUACUGAAAUAAAUAAAAAAGCAGUAAAAUGAGUCACUUUUAGCUAACUAGUAAUCACCGUUACAGCCUAUGAGUUACAUUUAACAUUCAAACUAAAAAACAGGGUAGAAUUCAACUCAUAGCAACCAAACAGGUUAAAUUAAUGGAAGUUCAGGUUAGUAACAAAAUACUCUGUUUUACAAGACCCCGUAAAAUAGCAAUAAUUAUAAUACUAAUAGCAAUUCUAAUUUAACAAGUGCAUACUCCUCAACUGGUGGUAGUGUUAACAUUAAAAAUUUAUCUCCUUAGCAAUAAUUACAACAAGAAUAAUUUAUACUUUUCCUCUAACAAAGCAAUUCCCAUUUGCACCAAUCUGGCUCAGGAGGAUUUACUGAUAGGUAAUACAACAAAGGUUCAAAUAGCUCAGAAAAAGUAUACCCUUCAGGUGACACAUUCACAAGUCCAUUAAUGAAUUUAAAAAGCCCUGACUUGAAUAAAAGCUAAAGUUAACUGAAGAAAAGUGGUAAAAACUCUGUUCCUUCCCUUCCUAAGAGUCCUAAUUCAGUUAUUAACUACUAUUAAGAUCCUAUAAACUAUAGCAAUAUUACUGGGAUUCAAUCGAAUCACUCUGAAAGCUUAAACUAUACUGCAUCUAUAGGCACAACACCUGCAAAGUCAAACUUUUACUCGACCCCACUUUAAAAUUAAAGCAUAAAUAAUACAAAUAACAACUUUUUUUUAACAAACACUUCUUCUUCAAUGUAAAAUACAAACAAUAAUAUGAUAGUUACAAAUACAAAUACUCCUUAGCAGUUAUCAAGUAAUACUGUGUAGUAAUUAAAUAACUCUAAUAAUCAAUUAAUAUUCACUAAAAACUCACAAAGCAGUAAUUAGUUUCAGGUAACAAAUCAAUACUAAGAAUAGCCUUAAGAAUACAUAACUCCAUAAAAAAAAUGA